AUGUCUUCUGAUUUCAAGGUGCACGCCAAUGACAAUGCCCCCAUUGCUGAGCAGCAAGACGUGACAAAUGCAGUCAGUCCCGAUACUGAGAAUGUCGAUAAGUUCAAGAACGAGGUCGAAGGCUCCGAGAAAAGCACAGACGGACCCUGCAUGGAGACAGCCGUCAAGAUCAUGCAAAUCCUGCAGAGUUACAGCGUCAACUGCAAGGACAACGGUACACUCUGGGAAGACCUCGAGACGUUUCUACCGACUAUCACGGCCUGCAUAGAGAAGGAUGAGCCCGUGCGCAUGGCCCUACCAGCGUUUCCCUUCAAGUCGCCAAACAGCCAGCAAAAGUCCAUGGGCAUUCUUCCUGAUUUGGGCGAGGAGCUGGCGUUAAACCAUCUGAACGGUCUCUGCCUGAAUAUUGCCCAGGUGUAUGAGCACGGUGCUGAGGUGCAUAUUAUUUCAGAUGGGCUUGUUUAUAAUGACCUCCUUGGCGUCCCGGACGAAGUGGUCUGGGAAUAUGGCGAAGCCCUCCGCCAAAUCGCUGUCGACCAUAAACUGCAACAUCUCCGCUUCAUCCGGGUCGUUGAUAUCCUGGAGCACGACCAAUGCCCGACAGACGACCCGAAGUCGGCCAAGGAGUUUUACCUAACUCACGCCCCGUGCUUCAGGCGAGAGCUCAUCCUGCGCUUCGGGGAUCCCACCUUCGACCCCCGUGCCGCCAUCAAAUCAGACAUGGACGUCUGUUCGACCUAUCGCGGCUACAUACGGUUCUUAUCCAAGGACCUUGCCCAUCGGUUUACGUCGCAUAGCAAGAGUGCGAAAGAGGCGGCCAUUACCCCCAUUGCGCGCGCCAUGAUCUCUCGUGGCCAGGUGUUUGCUUCAGCCAUUCGGAAUCAGCGGGGGAGCUAUGUGCGGCUCUCUAUCCACCCAUCAAAGAACUCCCGGAAGCUCUCUGUUCCUCUGAUACCCAAUGGGCAAACUGCCGGUAUCGGCCACACCCCUUGGCAUUCAAGCAUUGCUGUCGGCGCGGAUGGUUCAUAUUGCGCUACGCAUGCCGACCAGGUUCGCAACACUCAUGACCUCAUCUUCAAGGAUGGGCGUCCAUACUGCUUCCGCGAACGCUCAGAGCUAUUUGAUUGGGGUUCCGAUGGCCUUGAAGUUACAUUCGAGCACCUGUAUCCGUGCGGCCUUAUUAUUCGUCCUGUAGUCACUGACGAUCAAGACCCGCCUUCAAUCCGCCUCAUCCCAAUGCGCAAGGUCCGUAAGCUCUCCGCCAACCUGUCACCCGUCAUUCUCCGAGGUUUUGGUGACACCCACAUGGAGGAAGUAUUCAUCGAAACAGCCACCAAACUAGGCCGCAUCACCACCUGGAGCGAAAACAUCAUCGUUAAAGUCCGCGACUCCGGAAGGCAGGACAAGCAAAACAACAAUGUUAAGUCCAACGAGGCCAUGCCCAUGCAUUUCGACGGAAUGUUCCGUUUCAAGCACGAGAUUGACCCUGUUACAGGCGAAGAAGUCCGAGUGCAGGAUAUCCCUCGAUAUCAGUUCUUCACGUGCCAAGCUGCGGCGGCCGAAGACGAUGGGUUCACGCUCUUCGCUAGCUCGCGCCUCUUCAUGCGGUAUCUUCCUGAGCCCUGGACCGUUGAGCGACUGGAGAAAAUAACCUGGAGCAUGGAGAAUGACGGCUUCUGGGACGCGAAGGUGUAUAAUCUUCCGCUUGUCAUUAAGCAUCCUGAUACUGGCCUCCCGUCACUGCGAUGGCACCAGCCUUGGGGAUCGAAGGAUACCAAGUUCAGUACCUGCGACGUCACCAUUGAUAACGAUGAUGUGAGACUCGUCGCCCUGGUUGAUAAGCUGACGUACGAUUAUCGCGUCUGCAAGCGCUUUUCGUGGCAAGUUGGCGACGCGCUUGUUAGUGAUAACAUCUCCAUGCUGCAUACAAGGACUGCGUUUGAGAGUGGUUGCAAUCGAGAGCUUUGGCGGAUUCAUUGCGACUAG